AUGACAUAUCACAAUUCAGGCGUACGGGAAUCAAGAAAGCAAGUUGAUUAUUUUAGCUGGCAACGAUGUCCAGGUCAUCGUCAAACUGUUGAACCCUUCGUCGCGUUCGCCCCUAGUCAAGGCCGUCAUCGGCCUCAUCAGAAACCUAGCGCUGUGUCCGGCCAAUCACGCUCCGUUGAGGAAACACGACACACAAAAAAAUCUGCAGUCUCUCAGGGUCACCACCAAAGUUCAGACGACCUCCCCAUGCCCCCCGCCAAGGAGCAAACCCUAAUGUGGGCCCAAAACUCUUAUUUGACCGACUCCGGUAUCCACUCCGGGGCCACAACCCAGGUCCCUUCUUUCAGCGACCAGAGUUACUCCCAAGGCUUCACCCAAGAGCAAGUCGACGAAAUGAAUCACCAACUCAACCAGACUCGCUCCCAGCGAGUUCGAGCGGCAAUGUUGCCCGAAACUCUCGACGAAGGCAUCGAAAUUCCACGACUGUCCGAACCCAGCCAGAUGCUUAAGCACGCUGUGGUCGAUCUGAUAAAUUACCAAGACGACGCCGACUCGGCCACGCGAACCAUCCCCGAGUUGAUCAAACUCUUGAACGACGAAGACCAAGUCGUGGUGUCCAUAGCGGCGAUGCUGGUGCACCAGUUAUCGAAGAAACAAGCCUCGGGGCACGCCAUCAUGAACAGCCCCCAGAUGGUGUCUGCUUUAGUCAGGGCGAUUUCGAACUCGAACGACUUAGAAACGACCAAAGGGGCCGUCGGCACUUUGCACAAGUUGUCACACCACAGGCAAGGGUCGCUGGCGAUUUUUAAAAGUGGGGGGAUCCCGGCGCUGGUGAAACUGUUGAGUUCGCCGGUGGAGAGCGUGCUCUUCUACGCGAUCACGACUUUGCAUAACUUGCUGCUGCGUCAAGAUGGGUCCAAGAUGGCUGUGCGGCUCGCGGGGGGUUUACAAAAGAUGGUCGCGCUGCUGCAGCGGAACAACGUCAAGUUCUUGGCGAUCGGUACCGAUUGUUUGCAGAUUCUGGCGUACGGGAAUCAAGAAAGCAAGCUUCUGUGGACUACUUCUCGUGUGUUGAAGGUGUUGUCAAUCUGUCCCAGUAAUAAACCGGCCAUAGUUGAAACCGGAGGCAUACAGGAGAUGGCCCAGAACGCGGUCAAAUUGAACUACGGCAUCCAGGUUAUCGUCAAACUGUUGAACCCUCCGUCGCGUUGGCCCCUAGUCAACGCCGUCAUCGGCCUCAUCACCUGGUGCAACUGCUGAGUGCUGAUGCGGGCGUUCCAGGACACGCAGAGGGUAAGCGAAGCUCGCCAACAAACGGCGAACUACGCCGACGGCGUCCGAAUGGGGGCGCUCCAUAUAUUGCCACGAGAGUCGCACAAUCCUGCCAUUAUUCGCCAACAAAUGGUCAUACCGAUAUUUGUACAACUCUUGUUCAAUGACGUAGAGAAUAUCCAGCGCGUGGCUGCCGGAGUCCUCUGCGUCCCAGCUGACAAAGAAGGAGCGGAAAUGAUCGAGCAGGAAGGCGCUACGUCGCCCUUGACUGAAUUGCUUCAUGAGCAAAAUGAAGGCGUGGCGACGUACGCAGCAGCAGUAUUAUUUAGCAUGAGCGAGGACAAACCUCAAGACUACAAGAAGAGGUUGAGCAUGGAGUUGACGAAUUCCCUGUUUCGUGAAGAAAAUCUGUGGAACCCGAUUUACACGUACGAAUGA